GUUCCAAGUCCGAGGACACCAUGGGGUCUGAGAAUGUGGGUGCAGUGUCUGUGCAGAGUGGGAGUUCGGUGUAUUGAGGCAGAGACAAGAUGGGCUCUCGAGGGCCGGUCACCUGCACGUCACCUGCUGCGUUCCCGGCACCUAGCAAGGCUUCCUGACCUCAGUGAGCCGAACCACUUCGCUCACUGAGACCUUGGGCCCACAGGUAUGUGUCCACCAUGGCACCAUCUACCCCGUGGGGCAGUUCUGGGAGGAAGGCUGCAACAUGUGCACCUGCACGGACAUGGAGGAUGCCGUGAUGGGGCUGCGCGUGGCGCAGUGUUCUCAGAAGCCCUGCGAAGACAGCUGUCGGCAGGGCUUUUCCUAUGUCCUCCACGAAGGCGAGUGCUGUGGGAGGUGCCUGCCAACUGCCUGCGAGCUGCGGAGCGGGUCACCGCGGGGCGACACAGGCAGCACAGUGUCUCUGUGGAAGAGUGUUGGCUCCCAUUGGGCCUCCCUGGAAGACCCCUGCCUCAUCAAUGAGUGUGUCCGUGUGAAGGACGAGGUCUUCGUGCAGCAGAGGAACGUGUCCUGCCCCCAGCUGGAGGUGUCUGCCUGCCCCGUGGGCUUCCAGCUGCACUGCCGGACCUCGGAGUGUUGCCCCAGCUGCCACUGUGAGCCCGUGGAGGCCUGUUUGAUCAAUGGCACUGUCAUCGGGCCUGGGAAGAGUGUGCUGCUGGACGAAUGCACCUCCUGCCGCUGCACGGCGCAGGGCAGCACUGCCCCUGGGUUCAAGCUGGAGUGCAGGAAGACCACCUGCCAGGCCUGCCCCCCGGGUUACCAGGAAGAGAAGAGCCCAGGCGAAUGCUGUGGGCGGUGUCUGCCCACCGCCUGCACCAUUCAGCUGAGAGGAGGACAGAUCGUCACGUUGAAGCGCGACGAGAUGCUCCAGGACGGUUGCGACAGUCACUUGUGCAAAGUCAACAAGCUGGGAGAAUACAUCUGGGAGAAGAGGGUCACAGGCUGCCCGCCCCUGGAUGAGCACCGGUGCCUGGCUGAGGGGGGGAAAAUCAGGAAAAUUCCAGGCACCUGCUGUGACACAUGUGAGGCGCCCGACUGCAGAGAUAUCACUGCCAGACUGCAGCACGUCAAAGUGGGAGACUGUACAUCCCAAGAGAAGGUGGACAUUCACUAUUGUGAGGUAAGGCUUCCGGCUUCACCUGGGCCCAGGCGUAAAUGUGGACACCACACUGAUGACGUCCGAGGAUGAUCUGGGGAAGUCACA